AAUCGCCUCCUCGCCUUUUCUUCGGGCGCUAAAAAAGCCCUUGGUAGAACCAGUCUAGGGUUUUCAGCCCCGAUCGAACUCCCGAGCAAUGGCGGAAAAAGGCGGCAAGGGCUUCCCAAUGUCCAGAAAGAAAGUCGCUUUCAAAUCCCCCGCUCCCAGUCAAGAAACUCAGAAGAAAAAGGGUAGUGUUCCUAUGGAGGAGGAUGGACCGGUCCAGAUUGAUUCUGACUCAGAAUCUGAAGGUUUUGUGAAUAGUUUAAAUGAAACGUUAUCAAAAGGCAACGGAAAAGCACCAAAAGAAACAGCAAAGUCUGGUAUGAAGUCCUCACUUGAUGGUCUUAAGACAGGCACAAAAACUUCACUCGAGGCCCCAGCUACUAAAGGGAGUUCAGGCAAAGGAGGUAAAGCUUAUAGCUCAGGAAAGGCAGGUGGAAAGGGUGGCCUUCCCCGAGCGUCAGCUGUAAAGCCCCCUGUAACAGAAGUAGAGCUGAAACUUGAAAUGGAUAUUCCAGAAGAUGCUAGGGUCAUAAUGGAUUGCGAAGCGGCAACUAUUUUACAGGGAAUUCAGGAUUCCCUGUCUGUAUUGUCAGAUGAUCCCAGCAUCAAAAUGCCUCCUUUUUUUAACAAAGCAUUGGAGUACUGCAAAGGAAGAAACAACUACACCAAUGCUGAAUCAGUCAGACAAGUCCUGGAAACUCUUAAGGAACAUGGGGUCACUGAGGGCGAGAUAUGCAUGAUUGGUAACGCAUUCCCAGAGACCAUUGCUGAGGUUUAUGCUCUUAUACCUUCCUUGAAGGCUAACAAGCAUAAGAUUGAGGGACCUAUCCAGGAAGUGCUAGUCAACCUGGCCGGCCUCAGGCGUGUUGAGUAAUUCUCACGUCAUCAGGAUGCAUAUCUUCUACCAAAAAAUGCAAUAUGCUGAGCAAAGAUGUACUAAGUUAUGGUAGAACCUAUGAAUAUUUGCGGUGCACGAUGUAGGAAAAGGUUGUAAAUAUUUGGGGUUCACAUACAAUGGAAGGUGAUGGUUUUUUGGUGGAAUCAAACUUCUGAGACGAUGUCAUGUAUAUAUAUCUAACUUGCUAAGGGUAUCAUCCGUUGCUUUCCUGAAACUUUCGGGGAUGAAUCGGAGUUUUUGCAUAUCAACUGUUUUUUGUCUUGUUUUUAUUUUUAGAGACUCAUCUUUCUAGUUA